UGUGAUGUAUGCCGAUGUGACUCAAACAACCUCAAACAAGCAGAACAGUGCAGUGUGUUGAACUGAUAGACCAUACGUGUGUUUGAGGAACAGUGAGAGAGGAUGUGGAUGACUCUUUGUCUCGUCUCGCUCGUCUGGGUUUCUACGACUCAAGCUGGUGGCUGUGAAAAUGUCUUCCAUGAGUGUGGCCAAACUGUCUCCUGGACCAGGUGUUAUGACCACAAAAUUCGAAAAUGUACGAUAAGAGGCCGUGGUAUGCUAAACUUCAUUCAACAGAGGGUGAACUCGUCUCAAGAGGCUGAGGAGAGUCCUACUACUGAACACAGGGUUCACAUCCCAUCCUCAGCUCUACAGACAUGCAGAGGAGAUGAUCCUGAGGAGGAGGUACAGCUGGUGAUCACUGUGCUCAGCAGCACUUAUUUCAAGCUGAGUUCCCCGCUGCCAAAAGGACGGGGGAGAGUACUCAGACCCAGCCCUCCUGUCCACAGGCAAGACACUGUUAUGGGGGAGUCAGUGCUGGUAGUGAAGGCAGGGAACUCCCCAGUCAGAAACCUCCCACAACCCAUCAAAUUAAUCUUCAAACACAACAAAGAGGUGGAAAAUGGGACUUGUGUGUUUUGGGAGGAGUCAGAGCUGGGUGAUGGAACAGGUCACUGGAGUAAAGUCAGUGAUACCAAAGACAAUGGAACUCAUUUCAUUUGUAGCUGUUACCACCUGAGCUUCUUUGCUGUGCUUGUGAACCCCAAAGUAUCAGUGGAUAAAAGAAAUGCUGAGAACCUUAACUAUAUCACCUACAUUGGAUCAACCCUCUCCGUCUUCUUCACAGCCAUCAGCUUGAUCAUCUAUAUAUGUCUACAACGGCAGCGUCCAGAGAAGGCCAUUGGUUUGCAUAUGCAGCUAACAGGUGCGCUGCUCUGCCUGCACCUCAGCUUCCUGCUGUGCAGCUUUUGGGUGCGGCUGCUUGAUGACGAAGACUGGGUUUGCGAAGCUCUCGGUUUCUUUUUACACUGGUCCCUGCUGGCCACCAUCAGCUGGACGGCUCUGGAGGGAUUCCACCUCUACCUUCUCCUCGUCCAAGUCUUUAACAUCUACGUCAGGAGAUACCUGCUCAAACUCAGCUUGGUGGGAUGGGGUCUUCCUACACUGAUUGCAGUGGCUUGUGGGAUUUCAGGUGUUUAUGGGAAAUACAGUCUGAAACUGACUGAUGCUAACAAUUCCAAUUCAACAGUGCAGAUGUGCUGGAUGAGCAGCGAGUUCCCACAGAGGCUUUUGGUCAGCUACAUCACUACUGUGGCCUUUCCAUGCCUGGUGAUACUAUAUAAUUCCUGCAUGUUGGGACUGGUGGUGUUCAAGCUGUGGGGGCGUAAGAUAGGUGACGGUGGCUGGAACAAGAUGAACAGAAAGAAAUGGAGCAGACUGUGGAAGGAUUGUGCCACAGUGCUGGGCCUCAGCUGUGUGCUGGGGUUACCUUGGGGGUUAGCCAGCACCACCUUCAUGUCCCUUGCUGGGAUAUACAUCUUCACUAUACUCAACUCCUUGCAGGGUGUAUUUGUGGUCCUGUGGUCCAUAGCUUUGACCUGUGCAUCCCGAUCCAAUAAUAACUCCUCAGUCAAAGACUCUUCCUCUCAGAAAAUGAUGACUACUAGUUUAUAGUAUAAUAACUGAAACAGCUAAAACAACUGUAUUAUUUAUCCAUUACCUAUAUUAGGUCUUUGCUGGCCUUUGGAUUCCAGUUUUAUGCAGCUAAAUGAUAACUUACAAUAAUUUUAUUUGUUGAUGUCUUCCUGCUUCUUUUAAUAAAGAUAGAAUUGAAAACCACGCAUCAGGUUAUUUAUCUAUGGCAUCACCACCUGGGCUGGCUUUUGCCGAUAUAAUUGUGACUAAAUUGGAAAAGACUAUAUUUACAUUUCUGCCAUAAAAUGAUAUGCCUGUUUUGUCAAUGAUAUUCUUGUUUUGGCCAGACAUCGGUCUGUCCCAGGA